AUGACGGUGCCAACAAUAGCCCUGUACGCAAGCCCGCCGAGCAGUGUGUGCUCGACGACCCACCCGUGCCAGAUCAAUGCGCAUACCUCAUACGAUUUCGAAUUGAGCUCUCGAUCUGCGUCGUCGACGGCUUCGACGGCCUCCACGUCGCAAAAGCCGGUGACUGGUGGGCUCUCGUGCCUGUUCUCAUCGCCGACGGUGAAGCAUGCGUCGUCCUCGUCGAGCUAUUCGGGUGGAGGAGAGGAAUUGGGCUCUCUAUGGCACGAUAGGGGCGAAGAAUUGAAGGAAUUGAGUAGCUCGUUUCGAUAUUCUCCGAGCAAGUUCAAUGGGGCUUCGUUGAACCGGGACCAGAGCCCCAUUUCGGUGUUUCAGGGCCCAGUUUCAUCUUCCAGUAGUGGGGUUUCGAGCUCGGCGAGAAGCCCACCAAUGAGAAUUACACGGGAGAGGUCUAACAAUGGAGAUAUUAGUUUGAAUUCAAUCCGGUGUGGGAGUAAUGGGUUGUUUAAUGGGUUCGUGAGAGGUGCUUUGGGCUCUUCGUGCAUAGAUUACGACUCGCCGAGUUUUGAGGCUCGUACUGAUGCUUUGGAUGUGGGUUCGUCAGCUGUGGUUCUUGAUGAUUUGACUUUCAAUAUGGAAGAUGGGUUCUUGGAGGGCAUUUCUGAGCCUUAUGCCAAAGAAUUGCUUUUGGGUGCGCAACUGCGCCACAAGAUUUUCUAUGAAGAUUUUAUUAUCAAGGCUUUUUGCGAGGCCGAGAAAGCUCAUAGAGGGCAGAUGCGGGCAAGUGGCGAUCCGUAUUUGCAGCAUUGUGUGGAGACUGCGGUGCUGCUCGCAUUAAUUGGUGCUAAUUCGACGGUUGUUGCUGCAGGGCUUUUGCAUGACACGCUUGAUGAUUCUUUUUUGUGUUAUGACUAUAUAUUUGGGAAAUUUGGAGCUGGGGUUGCUGAUUUAGUGGAAGGGGUGUCUAAGCUAAGUCAUCUGAGCAAGCUUGCCCGUGAUAAUAAUACAGCGAGCAAAACAGUUGAGGCAGAUCGCCUGCAUACCAUGUUCCUUGCCAUGGCAGAUGCCAGAGCUGUCCUCAUUAAAUUGGCAGAUCGAUUACAUAAUAUGAUGACACUAGAUGCAUUACCCUUGGCUAAGCAACAGAGGUUUGCGAAGGAGACUUUGGAGAUUUUUGUACCCUUGGCCAACCGGUUAGGAAUCUCUAGCUGGAAGGUGCAGCUGGAAAAUUUAUGUUUUAAGCAUCUCAACCCAGAUCAGCACAAAGAACUGUCCUCUAAGCUUCUAGAUUCGUUUGAUGAUGCAAUGAUUACUUCUGCCACAGAGAGAUUAGAGCGAGCUCUCAAGGAUAAAGCCAUUUCCUACCAUGUACUUUGUGGGCGGCAUAAGAGCUUGUAUAGCAUCUACUGCAAAAUGUUAAAAAAGAAGCUAAACAUGGAUGAAAUUCAUGAUAUUCACGGGCUACGUUUGAUUGUUGAUAACGAGGAAGAUUGCUACGAAGCACUGAAAGUUGUUCACCAGCUGUGGUCUGAGGUGCCAGGAAAGUUCAAGGACUACAUAACUCAACCCAAGUUUAAUGGGUAUCAGUCACUGCACACUGUGGUGAUGGGUGAAGGCAUGAUUCCGCUGGAAGUGCAAAUUCGAACAAAGGAGAUGCAUUUGCAAGCUGAGUUUGGAUUUGCAGCUCACUGGAGAUACAAGGAAGGUGACUGUAAGCACCCCUCAUUUGUGCUUCAGAUGGUCGAGUGGGCCAGAUGGGUGGUCACUUGGCAGUGUGAGGCAAUGAGCAGAGACCGGUCAUCCAUUGGGUAUGCUGAUUCAAUCAAGCCACCCUGCGCGUUUCCUUCACAUUCUGAUGACUGUCCAUAUUCUUACAAACCUCACUGUGGUCAAGAUGGGCCGGUGUUUGUCAUCAUGAUGGAGAAUGAUAAGAUGUCUGUUCAAGAGUUUCCUACAAACUCCACGAUUAUGGAUCUGCUGGAAAGAACUGGGCGAGGAAGCUUGAGAUGGACACCAUACGGGUUCCCGCUGAAGGAAGAACUGAGGCCUAGGCUGAACCAUGCGGCAGUGAGUGAUCCUACAUGCAAGCUGCAGAUGGGGGAUGUGGUGGAGCUGACUCCAGCAAUUCCUGAUAAGUCUUUGACAGAGUACAGGGAAGAGAUUCAGCGCAUGUACGACCGGGGCAUGAGUGUAUCAAGUACAGGUCCUGCUGCUAGUAGUAUGGUGGGUUGGAGAAGUUGA